AUGUAUUUGCUAACAAUUCGUAGUGUCGUGAGCAAUACUCUUGGUCGUCCUUUUGGGAUACGCCUAUCAGAUACAGAUACGGCAUUGCCUGAUCCUCAAUAUGACCUCGAGGUAAACCCGCCUGAAAGCAGCUUCCACCCAACUACGGAUAGUUUCUCUCGCACUGCCCUCUUCGUACACAUAGUCCGGUACCGGAUCAUCUGUGGUAAAAUCCUAUUCUCCAUGGAUAACGGCCAGUCGGGAUCUCAAGAAUCAAACGAAGCCUCCGCCCUGUCUAAGCGUGACAGCUUAGCAGCAGAACUCGAACAGUGGCGACAUGACACUGCCUCGCUCAGCUUGCCAGCUGUGGACUUGUCCAGCACAAUACCCGGUGACAGAUCAAGUUUCCGCGCUCACGAGUGGUAUGAGCUACUGUAUUACAAUGCACUGCUGAUGCUGUACCGCCCUUCCCCAGCGCUGCCGGCGAUAUCGUCCACAGUACCUACCGCAAUACAGACCAUCUUUACUGCGGCCAAGCAGUCAAUCACCCUAUAUGCGCAUCUUCACCGCUCCAGGCGGAUCAAUUACACCUGGAUCACCCUCCAUGCCGUGUUCAUGGCAGGCCUCUCAUACAUCUAUGCUGUUGGCCGCCAUUUCCGUGCAAAGCGGAGAUUAGCAAUGGGCGGACCGGCCGGGGUAAUGCUCGACGAAGACCCUUCGAUAAUCGAAAUUGUCAACGAAACCCGGGCCUGUUCGACCGUGCUAGUCGCUGUUUCCGAAAGAUGGAGCGCCAUUCGUCACUCGCAUGAAGUCUUCCACCGUCUCAGCGAUGCUGUGCUCUCAGAUGCAAUUGAGCUACUGAAUAACCCACCACCAACUACAUCAACAUCAGCUUCGGGUACCCAGUCUCUUGUCUCACCCAUGAAGAUGGGCCCAAUGACUUCCCCAACAAGUCUACCUACUUCUCAUCUUUCGCCCAUGGCCAACGCAGGUAUGGACCAAUGGCCUAUCCCAGACACCAGUAUGAGUCCUCAGUUAGCAGUUGACUCGGUGCUGCGAGACUGUUUCAGAGACCUCCAGCACAUGAAUGAGUAUAGCUAUGGAGAUGAUCCAAUCUGCCGUCUCUCGCAGGACUGGCUCGGAGAGAUUGGUGGAAUGGCCCUGGAUGCGGUUCAUGUUUGGGGUGAAUGA